AACUCUCGAUGCGACAUCUAGUGGAGUUUACGAGAACUAGUCAAGAUAAACAUUGAAAUGACAACUUGAAGGCAUUGCGUUUACAAUGGAUAAGGAAAAUUACAGCCUCAGAUCUGGAUAUCUGCUCUCUCAAGCUCCUAACAACAAGUGGAAGGCAAGAUGGUACAUUCUCAGUGAAGAUCAGCUGACCUGCCACCGACAGCGACGCAGAUCUCUGGUCCUCAGCAACAUCAACCUCUCUGGCUGCUCCAUCUUUUGUCCCUGCAACGACAAGCCUGAAGUCAGUCCUCAAUGCCUGUUCAAGCUGUCGACUCCAGAAGGAGAGGAGUUGUAUUUCCAAGCAGCAGGAGCCGAUGACCGAGAUGGGUGGGCACACGCCAUCGGCGCUGUCAUCCGUUCACAGAGCACGUCAAAGCAGAUAUCGUAUAACAAGAUGACAUUCCAGAACUUCAGGGCAUAUGCUAACGUUAGUGAGAUCAUUGGUGCUAUCCAGGAUCCAGAUGCAGGGGUUAACACCAGCGCCCAUCUCCGGGGAGGGGAGGUCUACAAGAACUGUUUUAAAGGCAGUGACGUCGUGGACUGGCUAAUGCGCUGGUCCAUUGUUCGUAAUCGUGAGAAUGGAUCAGCCAUGGCGCAGACCUUACUGAAACUAGGUCAUCUACAAGAGGUCGACCUCCAUGAUGGCAGCAGUGGUGUCAGUCCCAAGUUCAAUGAUGGAGAGAAACUGUAUCGAUUUACGUCCAUCAACCUGGGGAUAAAACGGAACAGUUUCUACGACAGCACUGAUGAAGACUCCAGCUCCUCUGAUGAGGAUGAGGAUGAGGGCGAGCGGGAAGAGGUCAAAGUUGAAAAGGUCAAGAAAGGAAAGCUUGUAAAGGAGUCCUUCCUAAUGAAGAAGAAGAACCUGCGGAAGGGCUGGAGACUUGUGAGAGCUUCCAUGAGAGAGAACCCGUCUUCACUACACUACCACAAGGCAUCAUAUACAGAGGGUUGUGAAAAUCAGAUCAACAGUAAAAUGUUGAGUCUUGAUAACUGUGUCGUCACAGAAACUGUGAAGCCAGCUACAAAUAAAGGCAUGGGGACCAAGGCUAAGAGUGUGAGAUAUCGGUUGUGUCUGAAGGAUCGCAAGGGGAAGUGUGUCACUCUUCAGACAAAAGACGAGCAAGAGAAGUUUGAGUGGCUCACCGUCCUCCAGCAACUCACCGCUUCACCAAAACCUCCGACCGACGAUCGAGAACCCGAGUAGGACCUCAGGGACAAUGGGCAGUUCUGGGGCAUCAGAAAAUGGUUGUUCCACAAGAGGCAAGCACGUGAUGCCCUUUGAUAGGGUUCCCCCAAUUGAUGGCCAUAUUUGAAGCACAGCUCAAGAUGAAUUGUGAAAUAUUUAUUUGAGAUUUUUGAGCCAUUUUAGCUAUAUUAACAGGGUUUGUCAGUUUGUUGUGAGGUUCAGUUCCACUUGUUGAGAAUAAUCGUAGUUGGAGAUGAAAUUGUUAGAAUUACAAAUAUGUUCCUGUAAUACGUACUGAUGAAGUGAGAUUGUGAGAAAUGAAAUUACCCUGAAUGUCGAGGAACAUACAUUAAUGCAGAAUAUAAUGUUGUGUUAAUGUCAAGUUAGUGCAUGCAUGUGAAUAUUACAGUUAUAUGUGAGUCUUCACCAAUAAUAAUCAUUGGAUAAUAGAAACCAUAUCACAUGUUUGAAAUCGACAUGUAAUAACUGAAGUGAUAUUAAUCCGUUACCAGUUAUAGUGUUUGCUGUUGACAUUAACAUCAUCACGACAAUCAUGAACAAGCAUUAUUGGAACAAAAAGCGGCCUUAACCAAACACAAGGGAAUCUUUCCAAACUGAAUUUAGCAUCUGUCUCCAUUGCACCCAUUAAUCUCCUGAUAGGGCUGUGUACCUAAGUGAGUGAGUGAGUGAGCGAGUGGAUGGAUGCAUAAACAAAUAGGGUUUAAAUCAUAGUCCACAGGUAUAUCACAGCUGACACAUAGCUAAUGAGGCCUACAGCUGAUGAAUCCAUUACAAGAAUGGAUAGUUAGAGAAAUGACUGCUUCUCGGUCAAGUGUGAGUUUAUCUUCCAGGUCUUCUCACCAUCCAUAUUGUAUCCAUGCUUGGCGGCCAUUGUGACCAUGUGAUCACCUUUGAGUAGCUUAUACAAUGGGUAGGAGGAUCUGGCAGGUUCCCAAAUCCCAGAAAACCAUUUGAGCUGCUUCAGCACCGGUUUAAAAAUGCUACAUCAUCCUUGAAUACGUACCACCAGUUUGCCAUAUAGUAUUGACAUGUGUCUAUUUAAGUAAGGAGUUGAAAUAAUGCCAUUAACAAUUUAUGGAAAUCAAAUGUACCUAAACAGGUAAUAUUUGUGGAUGUCAACCUCUUUGUUAUAACGAUAUAAGUAUAUGUUUACUCCUUCAUCAGGUGAGAGUAAGAUACAUUACUCCAAGCAUGUGUUACUUGUAAAUAUAGAAGCUGACAUCUUUAAAUUUUACCUGGAAUGUGAAUCAUUUCUUUCUGCUAUUGAAAGACGUAAAGUACACCUACCACUGCCACACAUUAAAGCAAUAUAUAGAAGUAACCCCCAUACAGCAAGGCUAUUGCACAUGUCAUGCAACAGGCAAGCAGAGCUCUCAUUGGUCUGAGCACUUACUUCUUGCAGGAACUCUUCACAUCAAUUCAAUAAAUACAUUUGGUUCUUUCACUGUUGGUUGGGUGGGUGGC